AUGGAAGAAUAAUAGAUAGAUAUAGUGAAUGAGUGAGAGUGAGUGGUAAAAUAUGAAAUCCAAAAGAGAAGAAUAGAAUAUCCUUAAUAUUGUAAAAUGGACGGUUUGCACACUGUUCGGAUCUUUCUUACCUUAAAAUAACGACUUUCUUUCAUUUGUCUUUAUGUUAUUAUUAUUAUUAUGGUAAUAAAAAACAACAACAAUAUAAAUUUCGGUUAAAAAAAAAAAAAAUUUAAUAAAAUAAACCUCAUGCUCAUUGUUUUUUUCUUCUUUUUAUUCAAUAAAAUUUGUUCUUUUUUCUCCAUUGUAAUUGUUUGAGCAUCUUUAGCAUCAUCAUCGUCAUAAUUCAUUCAUACCUUUGUCUCUGCAAUUCUCUGAAAUUGCAAAUCUCAAAAGCCUAAAAAAGUUGGAGAGAGAUACCAAAAAAAAAAAAAAACACUCACAAAAACAGCAAUAAUUCACUUUUUUUCCUCUCUCUUUUCAACAAAGUAUCUCUCUCUCUCUCUCUCUCUUGCCAGCUCUGCAACCUUGUCCUCCCCCAUAACCUUUUUCUUAUUAUCUCUCUCUCUCACACACACCCCCUCAUCAUCACCAUCACACCCUGAGAUCUCAGUUUUUGCUGAAAAAACAGUAUUUUAGAAGGAAGUUUCAGCCAUGUCUAGCUCUACAAAAGUGUUGGAACCAGCAUUCCAAGGAGUAGGCCAAAAAGUAGGGACUGAAAUAUGGAGGAUUGAGAAUUUUCAGCCAGUUCCAUUUCCGAAAUCUGAUUAUGGGAAAUUCUACAUGGGAGAUUCUUACAUCAUCUUGCAGACAACACAAGGCAAAGGAGGCAGUUAUUUGUAUGAUAUUCACUUCUGGAUUGGAAAGGAUACAAGUCAGGAUGAGGCUGGAACUGCAGCCAUUAAAACUAUUGAACUUGAUGCAUCCCUUGGUGGACGUGCAGUGCAGCAUAGGGAAAUCCAAGGGCAUGAAUCUGACAAGUUUUUGUCAUACUUUAAGCCAUGUAUUAUACCAUUAGAAGGAGGUGUUGCAUCUGGUUUCAAAAAACCAGAAGAGGAGGUGUUUGAAACACGUUUGUAUGUAUGCAAAGGAAAACGAGUUGUUAGAAUAAAACAGGUCCCUUUUGCACGUUCUUCGCUGAAUCAUGAUGAUGUAUUCAUCUUAGACACUAAGGAUAAGAUUUAUCAAUUCAAUGGAGCAAAUUCCAAUAUUCAAGAAAGAGCCAAGGCUUUAGAAGUUAUUCAGUUGUUGAAGGAAAAGUAUCAUGAAGGGACAUCCAAUGUUGCAAUUGUUGAUGAUGGAAAGUUGGAUACUGAGUCAGACUCAGGUGAAUUUUGGGUCCUCUUUGGUGGUUUUGCUCCCAUUGGAAAGAAAGUAAUCAGUGAAGAUGAUAUUGUUCCAGAGACAACUCCUGCUAAACUAUAUAGUAUUGCUGAUGGUGAGGUCAAGUCAGUGGAAGGUGAACUUUCUAAGUCACUGUUGGAGAACAGCAAAUGCUAUUUAUUGGACUGUGGUGCUGAGAUAUUUGUCUGGGUUGGCCGUGUAACACAAGUUGAUGAAAGAAAAGCAGCAUGUCAAGCUGCUGAGGACUUUGUUGCAAGUCAAAAAAGGCCAAAAGCUACAAGAAUAACAAGGGUUAUUCAAGGUUAUGAGACACAUUCAUUUAAAUCCAAUUUUGAUUCUUGGCCAUCUGGCUCUGCUUCUACUGCUGGUGCUGAGGAAGGAAGAGGAAAAGUUGCAGCUUUGCUGAAGCAACAAGGUAUCGGUGUCAAGGGAGCGGCAAAGAGUGUCCCAGUUAAUGAGGAAAUUCCACCUUUGCUUGAAGGAGGUGGAAAAUUGGAGGUAUGGAUAAUCAAUGGAAGUGCUAAGACUCCAUUACCUAAGGAGGAUAUUGGUAAAUUUUAUGGUGGAGAUUGUUACAUAGUGUUGUACACUUAUCACUCUGGUGAGAGGAAGGAAGACUACUUCUUGUGCUCUUGGUUUGGAAAAGACAGCAUUGAGGAGGACCAGAAGAUGGCUACUCGGUUGGCAACUACAAUGUCCAACUCACUAAAGGGUAGACCUGUUCAGGGACGCAUAUUUGAUGGUAAAGAAUCACCACAGUUUGUUGCCCUUUUCCAACCUAUGGUGGUCCUCAAGGGUGGUGUGAGCUCUGGCUACAAAAAAUUAAUUGCAGAUAAAGGUUUGUCAGAUGAGACAUACACAGCAGAGGGUAUUGCUCUUAUUAGGAUUUCUGGAACAUCCAUUCACAAUAAUAAAACAAUGCAAGUUAAUGCAGUAGCAUCUUCGUUGAAUUCUACCGAGUGUUUUCUUCUGCAAUCUGGCUCAACAGUUUUUAAUUGGCAUGGCAAUCAAUCUUCCAUUGAGCAGCAUCAACUUGCAGCAACAGUUGCUGAAUUUUUAAGGCCAGGAGUUGCUUUAAAGCAUGCAAAAGAAGGAACAGAAACCUCAGCUUUUUGGUUUGCAGUUGGAGGAAAACAAAGUAUCACUAGCAAAAAAGUCACUAAUGACAUUGUCAGAGACCCACAUUUGUUCACUUUAUCAUUUAAUAAAGCGGGAAAGUUACAGGAAGAAGAGAUUUUCAACUUUGGCCAGGAUGAUCUGUUAACAGAAGAUAUCCUCAUUCUUGACACACAUGCAGAAGUGUUUGUUUGGAUCGGUCAGAAUGUGGACGCUAAAGAAAAGCAAAAUGCUUUUGAAAUUGCCCAGAAAUACAUAGAAAAGGCUGGAUCUCUGGAGGGACUAUCUCCUCAUGUACCACUAUAUAAAGUAACAGAAGGGAAUGAACCUUGCUUUUUCACAACAUACUUUUCUUGGGAUCAUGCAAAAGCUACGGUUCAAGGGAACUCAUUCAUGAAAAAGAUGGCCUUACUAUUUGGAAUUGGUCAUUCUGUAGAGGAAAAAUCUAAUAAUGGUUCAAGUCAAGGGGGACCAAGACAAAGAGCAGAAGCUUUGGCUGCUUUAAAUAAUGCAUUCAAUUCAUCUCCUGAGACACCACCCAGUGCGGAUAAAUUGAAUAGCCUAAAUCAAGGAGGACAUAGGCAAAGGGCUGAAGCUUUAGCUGCCUUAAACUCUGCAUUUAGUUCAUCAUCUGCAACUAAACCUGUUACACCUAGAAAAUCUCCAAGAGGGCAAGGAUCACAAAGAGCAGCAGCAGUUGCUGCUCUUUCUAAUGUUCUCACUGCUGAAAAGAAGACACAUUCACCUGACAGUUCUCCUGUGGCAACCAGUAGUCCUGUUGUGGAAAGUAGCACUUUUGAUGCUAAAAGUGAAAGUGUCCCUUCUGAAUCGGAAGGUCGUGAAGAAGUUACCGAAACCAAGGAGACCGAGGAACCUGCUUCUGAAACUGGUAGCAAUGGAAAUUCGGAAUCAAAACAAGAAAAUGUGGAGGAUGGCAAUGAUAGUCAAAAUAGUCAACGUGUCUUCAGUUAUGAGCAAUUAAAAGCUAAAUCUGGGAGUCAUCUAUCUGGGGUUGAUCUUCAACGCAGGGAGGCUUAUCUGUCGGACCAAGAGUUUGAAACUGUAUUUGCAAUGACAAAAGAAGCAUUCAAUAAGUUACCAAAAUGGAAGCAAGACAUGCUGAAAAGAAAAUUUGAUUUGUUCUAGCCACUGAGACAUGCGAUGAGUGACACAUGCUGCUUAUGCGCAUUCUGAGUAUACCUUUCUUGAGUUGUCUUGAAAUGCAGUUAUCUGUUGAAUAGUGUGGUUGUUUUUGGUAUAUACCAUACUUGGAUUUCUAUGCAUAACACUUUGGUUUUGGCCUAUAAUGGAAGUAGUUGUGGUUAGUGUGGAGAUUGAUUUAUAGUUUGUCUGUUUAAAUUGUUGUCUCUUCCUCUUGUAAUGUUCACAUAUUGUUUUAGCAACAAAGACGGUGGACAAGUUCUAUUCUUUCAUUUCGUCAUGUUUGUAUUUUAAAGGUGUGGUUUUCAUUUUCUUUGUUGCUAUUGGUUAUAGGUGGAGGGUGUAUAUGUAUUGCUUGUUAUACUGUGAAUGAAUCUCAAUUUAAAGAAUGAAAAUUUGUUUGUUUGGUUA